AAGAGGUCGUUCAUUUCCUUUUCGAGCGUCAAGGUGAGAGGUUCUGUUUUCAUUUUCUUCUUCUUCUUUGCUCUUUUUUUCCCUCCCUUAUCCUUGAAUCGGUUAUCAAUGAUUCGUUUCACGUUAAGAAAAAAAUCCAAUAGAGAGUUCGAUGAAAUAUUUAAUAUUAUUAUUUCGUUGCUUUGUAAAUUUCAUCAUUGGUACGACGAAUUUAGUGAGAAUGACUGAAUCAAAAUCAAUUAUAUUAAUGGGCCACGUGGCUAAAAGUUUAACGCAAGAAGAAGUCGAUAUGAUGAAAGCCCAAAAUUCUCGAAUGGUAUCGGAAUUUCGUGCUAAUCAACUCGAGAGAGAAGCUAAAAAACAUUGGGAUCUUUUUUACAAACGUAAUGCAAAUAGAUUUUUUAAAGAUCGUCACUGGACGACGAGAGAAUUCGACGAAUUGUUGGGUUUGGGUUUGGCCGACAAUGAAAACGUCCUUUUUGAAAUCGGCUGUGGUGUUGGCAAUUUGAUUUAUCCAUUGUUGGAAGAUGGAUUGAAAUUUAAAAAGAUAUUCGCAUGUGAUUUAUCGACAAAUGCCGUAGAAUUGACAAAGAGUCAUUCGUUGUAUGAUUCGGAAAAAAUGAAGGCUUUUCAAACGGACAUUACAACGGAUGAUUGUUUCUCCGAAAUAGAUUGUCCUGUUAACGCGGCAACAUUGAUUUUUGUUCUAUCAUCUGUACAUCCUCAAAAGUAUAAAAUGGUUGCACGAAAUAUUUAUAAUGUACUUGAUAACAAUGGAGUAUUGCUCUUUCGUGAUUAUGGUUUAUACGAUAUGGCUCAAUUGAGAUUUAAACCGGGUCAUAAAAUUGCAGAGAAUUUUUAUAUGCGUCAGGAUGGAACUAGAACAUAUUAUUUUUCAAUAGAAGAAGUAUCUGAGCUUUUUGAAUCUGUUGGUUUUGAAAUUUCAACGUGUGAAUAUGUACAAAGAAGGACCGUGAAUUUUAAAGAGAAUAUCGAUGUUCCCAGAAUUUUUGUACAAGCAAAGUUGAAAAAAGUUUGAGAGAGAUUGUUAUUACAAAGGGUCUAUGAAUGAUCAUGGAUAAUAAAUCUGGCUACAUUGGCAAUUUAAUACUAAUACUUUUUAUCACUCGAUGGAAGUAUUGUUUAAUCAACAUUUCAUGUAUCUUCACAAAUAAUUAUAAUAAUAAUAAUAUUAUGUAAGUAUUUGUGAAGUUAAUUUUUUAAUUCUUAAAAAAAAAAAAAAAAUGUUAUCUGUUUUAUAUUAAAUUCCAUUUUAUGAUGAGAAUUUGUAAAUGCAUCUUGAAAUAAUAAUGAUACGCAUUUAUUCGUCACUACCGCUGAAAGAGGAAUAAUUAUUAAUUUAAUUUUUCUAUCAAUGUUAAACGUACCGAAGUAAACAUUUAAUAUUUACAUUAAGGAUUUAUUCUUGAAAAGAAGAUUAUUUGAUUCUAAGGAUACGACAUUUUUAUAAAUAUAUUAUUAUGAUGUAUUAGAUAUGAUUAAAAUAUAUUCUUUUAAUUCACGAUUUAAAGAAGGAAUAAGAUAUAUUAUAAAAAAUGUUC